AUGUGGUCUGUCGGACUCCACCCGACCUUUCGCGCGGAGUUCAAGGCCUUGCCAGUGUCAGUUCACGACAAGCUCCUGGCCUAUGCCGAGCUCAUCGAGAGGUUCGGACCCACGCUCGGUCGUCCAUGGGCGGACUCGCUGAACGGAUCACGUCAUCGCAAUAUGAAAGAGCUUCGCUUUAGCGCGGGUGGCGGCACGUGGCGCGUCGCAUUUGCCUUUGACCCCAAUCGCAGAGCUAUCCUGCUAGCGAUCGGGGAUAAGUCGAAAGUCGAAGGAAAGCGUUUCUACCGGAGUCUGAUAGCACAAGCGGAUCAGCGUUUCGACGUAUAUAUAGAGAACAUGGGAGGCAAGGAAGUGUAG